UUACGUGCUUGUUUUCAGAUCUACUACAAUGUUAAUGGGUACAUUUACGACCUUGUUCAUCGCAGGUAUGGUCGCGAACAUUGGGUAACGGAUUUAUUGGAUACUGUUCAGUUUUAUCAAAAGUGCUGUGGGGCUAAUGGCACCACUGACUACAUGUUCAGUUACUGGCAGAUCAACAACAGUCCGGGCACCAUUCACUACGUGCCGGAGUCGUGCUGUACGCAGCGGGACGACGCACAUCCGCCAUCACAUUUGAUGCCUAUCGACGACAGGUGUAAGGUAGAAUAUUACGUCUCGUUCUGGCUUUGCUGCAGUGAUGCUUCAAUAUGUUUAACUCAUCAUCAGAAACAUGCUUAG